UUUUCAGCAGCAUUUAGCAGAAAGCAGUCACCAAGUCACGGUGCUUUCCUUCGUGUCUACCAUUUGCGACUUUAUUGAGUAAAUAGACUAUCAAAAGUGCUCCAGAACGUACAUUAGUGACUAUCACCGAGAAAAAUCUAAUCGACGGGUCUGAUUUGGAUAUUUUCUUAGAGGAAAUACGACUUAGGUGUGAUUUCAUCUAAAGUAUUAAGGAUUAUCCGGGAAGAGGUUUCAAGGCGACCCAUCAACCAUGGCCGCGAUGUCCGUGAUUGGAAUCGACUUUGGAAACGAAAGCUGCUAUAUCGCCGUAGCACGCGCUGGUGGCAUCGAAACUAUUGCGAAUGAUUACAGUCUUCGCAGUACACCAUCAUGUAUAGCAUUCAGUGGAAAAAAUCGUAUUCUUGGAGUAGCAGCAAAAAACCAAAUGGUGACAAAUAUGAAAAACACAAUUUCUGGAUUUAAACGACUCCUAGGGAGAAAAUACAAUGAUCCAUAUGUUCAGCGAGAGCUUAAAUCAUUACCAUUCAAAACAUCUGAACUACCAGAUGGAAGCAUUGGAAUACAUGUACAAUAUCUAGGAGAGGAACAUGUGUUUACACCAGAACAAAUAACGGGAAUGUUGUUCACCAAAUUAAAAGAUAUAUCAGAAACUGCCCUUCAAACAGCAGUGAAUGACUGCGUCAUCUCAGUUCCUAGUUAUUUCACUCAAGUGGAACGACAAGCAUUGCUCGACGCAGCGCGCAUAGCUGGUCUGAACGUACUGCGACUUUUGAAUGAAACGACCGCAACCGCACUCUGCUACGGGAUUUACAAACAGGAUCUACCUGCACCGGAAGGCGCACCGCGUAACGUUGUAUUUGUCGAUUGCGGUCAUGCCAGCUUACAAGUGAGCAUCUGCGCGUUCCAUAAGGGCAAACUUAAGAUGCUAGCAAGUGCUGCGGAUAGUCAAUUGGGAGGCAGGGAUAUAGAUUUCAUCUUGGCGGAAUACUUCUGCAAGGAUUUCCAGGUCCGUUACAAGGUCGAUGCACACAACAAUCCCAGAGCCUACCUGAGACUCCUCGCCGAGGUGGAAAAACUGAAGAAACAGAUGUCUGCUAACUCUACUAGCCUACCUCUUAAUAUUGAAUGUUUCAUAGACGAAAAGGAUGUCCAUGGAGAUUUGAAACGAGCCGACAUGGAAUCUAUGUGCGCGCAUCUCUUCAAGCGCGUUGAAGCUACUCUGAGGCAAUGCCUCGCAGAUUCCAAAUUGAAACUCGAUGAUAUACAUUCUGUUGAGAUUGCUGGCGGCUCCAGUCGAGUCCCGGCUAUAAAGCGUUUGGUAGAAGAAGUUUUCGGUCGAGCGUCGUCGACGACUUUGAAUCAGGAUGAAUCUGUGGCUCGCGGUUGUGCUUUGCAAUGCGCGAUGCUGAGUCCUGCUGUACGUGUUCGCGAUUUCUCAGUAACGGACAUACAGCCGUAUCCGCUUAAACUUACUUGGGAUGCUACUCAGGGCGAGGAAGGAGAGAUGGAAGUUUUUGGACAGAAUCAUCCUGUACCUUUCUCGAAGAUGCUUACCUUCUAUCGCUCUCAGCCAUUUACCCUAACCGCUAGUUACAGUAUUCCACCACCUUCGUAUCCGCAGACUCAUAUCGGUGAAUUUCACAUAGACAAUGUUAAACCAACAUUGGAAGGCGAGUCGUCGAAGAUUAAAGUAAAGGUGAGAGUAAAUUUGAACGGAAUCUUGACUAUCGCUUCGGCGUCUCUCGUGGAAAAACGUGAGCCUACUCAGCAAGAAAAGGAAGAAGAGGAGAAGCAACAACUAAAAGAAAACAUGGAAAUCGAACAACAGCAGCAGCAACAACAACAACAAGAUAAGAAGGACAAGUCGGACCAAGAGGCUCAAGCUAACGAACCACAACCGCCAGAGGUGAGCGUGGAUAAAAGGCGACGGAACUCAGAUGCUGACGAUGACGGAAGAGAUUCGAGGGGGCCUGUCCCCUCCUAUUCCUGCAGGAUUCUCUCUUGGUUCAGCUCGGGAGACGGGAAAGGGAAGAAAAAGAUUUCUGUACGCACAGUGGAACUUCCCGUGGAGUCUCGCGUCGGCGGUUUCUCACAGCGUGAUCUAGAUGUUGCAAUUGAGAAAGAAUGUAAAAUGAUAGCCGAGGAUAGACAAGAGAAGGAGCGCAUAGAUGCCCGCAAUGCUCUAGAGGAGUACGUCUAUGAUUUACGGGCAAAGCUUUCUGAUGAAGAUCAACUUGCAACAUUCGUCACGGAAUCAGAUCGGGAAGCCAUUUGUCGUGAACUUGAUGAAACUGAAAAUUGGUUGUACGAAGAGGGCGAGGAAUGCAACCGUCAGGUCUACUCAGAUCGGCUUGCACGUCUCAAGGCGCAAUGCGAACCAAUAAAGGAAAGAAGACUAGAGUUUGAAGGAAGAAAUCAAGCAUUGGAGGAACUGGCUGGUGCACUUCAGAUUGCUAAGAAAGGAUUGGACCAGAUUAAAGCAUCUCAUGGAAAGGACGAUAAGUUCUCUCAUAUAACGGAUGAGAAUAUUAAGAAAAUAGAAAAGAUAGUGCAGGAGAAAUGGUCGUGGCUUGAAGAGAAUCGAGUAAUUCUUGCAAGCACCCCACGCACUCAGCAGCCACCAGUUACCAUUGCCCAAAUUCGCAGUGAGAAACAGGCAUUGAACAACGUCGUUCUACCGAUCCUGAACAAACCAAAACCCAAGGCAGAACCUCCUAAGGAUGACAAGUCCAAGGAGAAGCCAAGCGAGAACCACCAUCCGGAGAGCAAUCAAAACAGUCAGGGUGAUGGAAACAAUCAGAACAGUCAACAGCAGCAAAAACCCAACGAGGACAAAAUGGACGUCGAGUAAUAAAAUAGGGUCUACGCUGUUUCUUUUUCAUAACCUUAAAUCUACUAAGAUUAAAAUGAUGAAUAUUUAAUUACAACGUCAUUAUCAUUACGUCACAAAAGCGCCUGAUUUAUAUAUCAUAGUAGAGAAGACCGCAAAAUUCGCUUCUUUUCUAUUAUCCACUUUCACGAUUUCGCGAGCGAAUUUGAGAAAGAUACACAUUGAAUGCGUAUCGAUUAAGGAUAUUCAAGGCACCGAGGAGAGAUUGGUAAAAAAGAAGAGGGUCAGCCUCCACGUAGUUUGUCUUAUAUAAAAUUUAUGGUAUUUCAAACCCCCCUCCAGAAUUUCUAUGCUAGUUUCAGCAUAUCUUUCAUGCCCACUGUGUCCACUAGUCGUCAGACAUAAAGUCUCACAACCCUGAUGGCUCUCUUUCCUAAUAUCUCUUCGAUGUCAAAGACGACUAUUCGUCUUCUUGGGAGUAUAUUAUUUUGAAAUGACAUACAUGUGAAAUUUGUUAUUGAGACGUGAUCGGCUUAAUAGAAUUAAUCGUAAGCGUAAGAUAAUUAUGCGGCUCUGUUUCCCGAAGGAUCUUUGGGUAUCAAAAAGUGAAGAAAAAGCAAUCUCGAGCUAUGCAGUCUUGAUUAAAAGUUCAAAAUUUCCAACACCGACUAGAACUUGUUGCGCGUAUAUACAUGCAAAGUGAUAGUCGAGAUCUCUCAUAUCUCAUUGAUAGCGAAAGUAAAUGAAUUUCCUUGUAUUAGUGUUCUCCUGGGACACGAAUUCAGGGUAGGUACCUACAAGUAGGGUGAGAACGAGAUAAUACGUUGCGUAAACUUGUAGCAAUGUUAUAAGCGAGAGACCAGCUACGCUAGGAAAUAGUGGUAAGCUAAUUUAAAGUACAGAAUAGGUAAUAUCGCUGGCGACUUUAUGUAUUUAACGAUAUAUUGAGUAUCCAUUCCAUCACUUACCGGCCGGCUGCCGGAACAUCGCGUUGCAUCAUAUAUGUGCUGCAUUUACGAUACUUAAAUAAAUGAAUAUUUCACUAAUGA